CAUUUACAAGUCCUUAGCUGAAUUAGCAGGACAAACAUUGUGGGAAAUCAUCAGGCAAAGUGCAGCUCUCCUUCGGGAAUGUUUGCUGCUGAUCGCACCGCAGCUGGAGUGCUAGAGAGUGAGUGAACGCUGGACUCUCUUGACACAAAUGUGAAGUAGGGUUUUGCUGCAGCUAGAGGGCUGUGCUGAUGCACAUCUCCAGUGCUGUGUCUGGCUAUGCUGAUGCACAUUCCCAGUGCUGUCUCCGGCUGUGCUGAGGAGCGGUCCCCAGUGCUAUACCUGGUGCUGUCACUGACUACCUAAGGCUUCCAAGCAAAGCAGCUCAAGAAUCCAUCCUGAAAGGAAGAGGCUGGACUCAUCCCAGGUGAAGGGCUGUUCCUAGCUAGCAUUAUGCCUGGAUCAGGUUUACUUCAGUUACCUUGUCUCCGACUUAGUGGGUGAGACAUUGCUCAUCACUCAGGGUUACCCUCCUGUUAGCUUCUCCAGGCCAUUUUUAGCAGAAUGGAAAGUCUGAGUGAGCUUCGGAACCCACUGCUGGCCAAGAGCAGCAGGCAUCUUCACAGUAGCUACUCCUACCAUCAGCAUCACCCUAGUCAUUGCUGCCAGGGGAAACUUUACAUCUUUCAGAACACUGGCAGUGCCAGGACUCACCAGCUGCUGGAUGCCAGUUCUCUGCAGCUGGCUGUUGAAGCAUUGUAUGGUCCCAACUUCAUCCUGGUGAAGGAUGAGACCAGUCUCAAGGCCAAGGACAACAAAGGGGAGAGCUGCGAGACGACCUUCAUGGAAAACAAAGAGGCCCCCUCUGAGGCUGCAGAUGGGCGAGAAAAACAAGGGCCAUGCCAGAUGGAGAGUGACAUCAGAAUCCAAACAGUGUCCUAUGAGGUGGAGGAGGAGGAAUUCCAGGAGUGUGAGAGUGACUCCUCGAGUGACAGUGAGAGUGAGGAUCAUUUCCUGAUGCUCCCCCCACGAGACCACCUGGGCCUGGCCAUUUUUUCAAUGCUCUGCUGCUUCUGGCCCCUGGGAAUUGCUGCCUUCUACUUCUCCCAUAGGACCAGUAAGGCUGUCUCCAAGGGGGACUUCCACAUGGCAAGUUCAGCCUCCCGGCGGGCCCUCUUCCUUGCUGCGCUCUCCAUCACCAUCGGCACAGGGGUCUAUGUUGGUGUGAUUGUAGCACUGAUUGCUUAUCUAUCCAAAAGUGGCCAUGUAUAGCAGAGACCUUCACGCC